AUGGUAAAUAGCAAAGAUGAGUGGGGUAUACCAAUUCACAAUGCUGUAGAGGGUGCAUCACUGGAAAUUGUCAAGUAUUUAGUUGAACAUGGUGCUGAAGUAAAUGCCAAAAAUAUGUUGGGCCAAACAGCUCUCUACAAAGCUCUCAAAUGCAAAUCGCUAGAGAUUUUUAAGUAUUUAGUUGAUCAUGGUGCUGAAGUAAGUAAUCAGGAUAUGAAAGGGAAAACGGCUCUUCACAUUGCUGUCGAGUAUAGAUCACUACACAUUGACAAGUGUCUAGGUCAGUGUGGCGCUGAGGUCAAUGGCCAAGACAUUCGCCGAGAAACAAUUCUUCACAGUGCUAUAAAGCAUAGAUUGUUUGACAUUACGAAAUGUUUAGUUCAAAAUGGUGCGGAUAUUAAUGGUACAGAUCUUGCUCGCAGGACAGCUGUUGAACUCGCUGUGUGGUUAGACGAUAUAGAACUUGUACAAUAUUUAGUUGAACAUGGUGGCGAUGUGAAUUCUAAAAGUAUGCUCGGAAACGAAACGGUUCUACCCUGUCCUGUAGAGAUACAAUCAGGAGACAUGUUAAAAUAUGGCUUUCCAAGUACAUAUUUUGAGGAAUAUAAAGGGAAGUUUGAUCUUAGUAUUGACAUUCUAGACAUGGCUGUAGUCCACAAGUUGAUCGAUUUCGCACAGCUUCUUAUUGAGAAGUACAUUGAUGUGAGGCGAGUCGAAAAAUUCUGA